AUGGACACCAAACCACUUGCCUUUCAUUUUCUUCGCUUUCUCAAAAAAAAAAAAAAAAAGCUGUAAAAGCAUUUAUUCGCAUCUUGUAUUAACAUGAACGAAGUUAGAAACUUAGAAAUAAGCUGGGUUCAAGGAUUUACAAGAGAAAAUGUCGAGUUUGUGGAUAACAAAACAGUGUGUUACACGUGCGGGAAUCAUAUUUGCUUCCUGAACCUGGAGACAAAAACACGGAGUGUGUUUCAGAGUCCUGGCAGAGGCGUCGGUGCGCUGACAGCUAACGGCAGAAGUGGAGCGUUUGCUUUCUCUGAGAGAAAACUGUCUCCGUUUAUAUUUGUGUACAGUUUUCCGGGGUUAGAAUUGAAGAAUGAGCUGAAAGGAGAUGCGUGUCUGGAUUAUACAUCUUUGACGUUAAGUGAUGGAGGUCCUUAUUUGGGCUGUUGCUCCUCGUUUCCUGAAUACUCCAUCACAGUGUGGAACUGGGAAAAUGCUGAGGUGAUCUGUACAAAGUCACAAGCAGGACAGGAUGUUAUUUCUUUAGAGUUUAACCCCAUGAAUUGGCUCCAGCUUUGUGCUUUGGGCACCACCACACUCACUGUCUGGAAUAUAGAAAAGUGUGGGAGUUUCCAUCUGAUGAAACCAAGGGUAAUCCAGCUUCCUGCAACUAAUGGUGCCUUUGCAGAGGAACCCCCUCACACCCCCACUAAGAACAGCUUUAUUCCAGAGAUGAGUCUGUCACCCAUUUCAGAGCUCUCCAAGAUGAAACCUAUUGGCUAUGAAUCUUCGCUGCCCACUGGAGCCACAAUAACACCGUCUGCCCUAUGCUGGACAGCCGCAUCACAACUUUAUGUGGGCUGUGCUGAAGGCUACCUCCUACUUGUUGACCCGGAGAACCUCUCUGUUUCGGUCCUUUUCAACCCUACAGCUGCUGAUGCCAUUCCUGAACUCCAAAACUUCCACUUUCAAGCUUUAACCCUCAGUAGCAAUGGCCUUAUUGCAGUAGGAAAGGAGACUGUGCUACAUUGUCUGCAUAUCAGAGGGACUCAGCCCAGCAUCACACAAACAUGGCAGCUAGAGAAACCCGUUUCAGCUGCAAUUCUUUCCCCUGACAAUGACACUUUACUUCUGUCUUCCAAUACAGGGCAGAUCUAUCUGCUGAAUCCAGCCGAGUCAGACCAGAUCAUGAAGGUUCUGGAUGUUCUCAGCGGCAACUUUUUGACAGCUGCUUUGCUGCGCACUGACAAGAACGUUUGCGUGUCGUUGAGGGAGCGUGGAGUUCUGCAGCUGUGGGCCUCCGAUGGCACCUGCCUCAGCUCCCUGCCCCUACAAACUGAGGUGACAAGGCUUGCCUGUUGUCCCAUUGCACAUUACGCAGCUGUUGGAACAGCUUCAGGAAAAAUUCUCUUUGUUGACUUGAACAAUGAGAAGCAGCUCCGCCUGGUGCAUGAGGUUUAUCUCAACCACACUGCUGUGGACCAUCUGGUUUUUGAUCAAGAAGGAUGCUACCUUCUCUGCAGUGGAUCGGAUUUACACCUUUAUGUACUCUAUGCAAGGCCAUCAAUGAGGUUUUCAGUUAUAGGAUACGUUGAUGUUCCUGGCUGCAUUUUGUCACUUUCCACUCAGUGCCUCGGCAGCAACGAGGAAGUGAAGAUUCUCGCACUGUGCGCCGCACAGGAGGACAAAAAUAAUGAUGCGAGCUUGCUCAUUGUGUUUUCUCUGCCUGUCAGGAGCAUUGCAGGUUCAGAUUGUGUAGAUCGUCAGGGUUGUCUGUACAACCUCAAAGUGCUCAGAUACAAAGUGCCACUUCCACUGACUUCCUGCGCUCUCGGGGUCGGUGAGGUCUUUGCUUAUUGUCACAGCAAUAAAUCUCUUCAGCGAUUUCAGCUUCCCAAGGACACAGAUGGCCUCCCCAGCCAACAGAUGGUCCAGUUGCAACCAAAGGAAGAAGUCAAAGGUCACCAGCUCGGCCCUGUCUCUCUCCUUCUGUCUCCUGACUGCAUGUGGCUAGCCUCUGUGGGACGAGAUGGCUUACUGCGGAUCAGACCAACUGCCUCUAUGGAGAAGUAUUGUGAGCUGUGGUGUCAUUCAUGCCGCCUCGGUGGAGCUCGUAGUGUGUCCUUCUCUGCAGAUGGUCACACAGUCGUCACUACUGGCUUCAAAGACGGUUCUCUCCAGUGCACUAACUUGAGACCUUCAUGCAGAAUAAAAGAUGCUUAUAAUGAAAAGGAUAAUUAUUUUACCCAAUACCACCAGGCUAUGAGUCUGUCCUUGCAGAUUGCAUUCAAUUCUGAAAACCCCGUCCUGGUUACCCUUCCUGUGUGGGGCCAGGAGGCGCCUGUUAGCUGCAAGAAAACAGAGGGAAAGGAGGUUGGUUGUGCAACAACGAUUGAUGUGAUGGAGAAAGAUAAGAGUUAUCUUCCCACUCCUCUAAACUCAACGUGGCUGGAAAGCCGACAAGAUGCAAUUGUGAAGGAAGACAUCAAACAGCACUCAGAAACAAAGAAAGCCCUCAGAGAAACCGUCAGAGAGUUACGUCAGACUAUUCAAAAAAUGCUACGUGAGAAUGAAAGCAUCCCAGAAGAACAGUUUAACAUAGAUGUGGAGGAGCAGAGGAGACUGGAGGGCGUGGUGGAGCAGGAAGCCGAGAGGGUGAAGGCUGAAAUUGAGCAGGAUGUUAUAGAGAAGUGUUACUUCCGAGAUCUUGUGAAGAAAGAAUGCUGGGAUUCAGUCAUGAUCAAAAGCCGGAGUAUCAAGGCCUUCCACUCUGAAAUGACUGUGAAGAACUAUCCCCUCAAUGAGCGAACAGAGAAGGAGUUGGAGGACCUCCACAGGGUUCAAAAUAUGAGGAAGAUUGAAAAGGCUGCAUGCAGACUAAGGAAAAGCAGCAGCGAACAGAAGGAGGAGCGGGAGGAGGAAGGCCAUGAGGCAGAGAGUGCAGCUCUGAGCGGCAGCUUCUCAGCUGAGUUAGGAUGUUCCAGUCCUUACAUCUACAACCAAUUCAGCCUACAAACUAUUGAACAGAGGAUCAACCAGAUAAUACUGUUGCAGGAUGUGAUUUAUAGCAUCAAGAUGGCCUUCAACUCAGACUUCGAAGCCCUGCACAGGCAGAAAGUGCAAGAGCUCAAACGUCUGCAGGGCCGGAACAAACAGAUCAGGGACAUCAUGCUGGAGCUGGACAUAAAGCAGAAGCUGUUGGACACCAGCCUGACCGACGGCGAGUGGCCAGAGAGGCUUCUCACUGUGGACGACUCUGAGAUUAAAGCAGAGAAAUGCCUCAACCCAGAGCAGAAAAAACAGGAGGAGAGGCGGAGGUUGGAGGAGAGCUGCCCGACUGCGCAGGUUGACGACAGCAGAGAAAGAGCUCUUGAUGAGAUGAUGGAGGGAGUCCUCGAAGUGAAAAAAGGGUACAUUUUAAAAAUGGAAAUACCUCCUCCUGAAUUUGUUUUGGCCAAACCUGACAUUCAGUGGAGCGAAGAGGAGAAAAACAUGUACAAAGAAUAUGAGAGGAACAUGAAAGAUCUCAGUGACAAGAAGGAGAAAUAUAAAAGGACAUUGGAAAUUGAGAUGAAAAAGCUGCAGGAAUCCAUCAAAGAUGCGACGGAAAAAUUUGACAAAACACUCAUGAAGUUGUAUGAAAGGGAACUAAAGUGCACGGUUGCUAUAUACCAGGAAGAGCUGAAGAUCGCCUACCUCGCUGAUUCAGUGCUCACGGUUGAGGAGAUGAACAAUCAGGAGCGGGAGCUCAGGCUCAAACUUGAACGCAUGUUGGCACACAAGAUGAAAACAGAGGAAGACUUGAACAGAUAUAAGGACGAGGUGGACCAGUGUCAGUACGAGUAUGACAGCAUUGUAGCUGAAGACAAAGUUCUCGACCAAGAAUUCAGGAAGGGAUUUACUGAUCUACCAAACCGCGUGAAUGACCAACUUUACAAAUUGUUCAAACGUAGACCCAGGGUUCAAAGGUUGAGGGCCCAGACGGAAAACGCCACCAACUUGUUUAAGGAGCAUCAUCUGAACGCCUCCCAGGUUCCUGAUGGAUUCAGCCAAAUGCUCAAAGCUAUGGAGGAGCUGGACGCUCCAGAAAACAUGCCAGAAGAAAUUAACCUGUCCAUCUGGGAGAGCUUUUGUUUUGUGCGCAAAACAAAAGUAGAAUCUGAGCAAACGAUUAAAAUGAAAGCUCAGGAUCUUGCGGAGAUGCAGGCAUUCCUGAAGAGAAGGGAAGAUGAAGAUAAUGCUGCCCAAGAAGAAAUCAAUAAGAUACUUGAGACACUCCAGAGCCUGCAAAAAAAGAGGAACCAGCAUCUAACGAACACUCCGGUCCAACUUGUACUGAAACAGGGACGGUUGGAGACGUCCACUGCAGACCGGACAGCUGAUAGAGCUGGGAGUGACUUCCUCCUUCUCCACAAUAGCGUGGUGGACGACCUCAGAAAAAACAGCAUGAUGCUUGGAAAGAUGAAGGUAGCCUCCAUGGAGGCACGCAGCACGGUCCACAAGUACAUAAUCCAGCUGGAGUGGGAGCACCGGGUGCUGAACAAGAAGAUAGAGGACUCAAAUGACAAGAAGAGGGACAUCAAAAUGUUUCGCCUCACAGAAGAGCAGCAGGAUAUGAGGCAUCGCAGCAAGAAGGACCAGAACGCUUGCAUGUUGGAGAAAAUUUCCACGUUGGAGAUAAAUAUUGCAUUCAUGAAAAAGAGCCAUGAGAGGAGCAUUCAGCAGCGCAUGAAAAAGUGUGAACAGAUUAAUAAAAAGAUAAAAACAGAACAGAUCAGUGCUGCUUUAGAGCUGGAGCUUUCUCACUUGCGGGUGUCUGUGGCAGAGAUGAGACACAUCUAUGAAGCUUCAGCUGCAGAAGAAAAUGAGGCAGCAGAAAGAGAAGACCGCUACCAAGAGGUCAUUCAGAAGUGUAACCUGGAGGACCUUGCCAGGGCUCAGUCGGAGUACCUGGACGUCCUCUGUAAAGAAGUUGAGCGUCUGGAAAGGAAAAAUUUCCCCUCAUUUGAUCAGCUGAAACAUAACUCAUGAACAACAAUUUUAUUUAUACAUUUCUUUGCUAAUUAACAAAACAUCUACAUCUGCUGUGACCAGGAACAAGAAUUAAAAAUAAAUAGAAUUAUUUGUGUUAA